AUGGAUGUAGAGGAUGUGGCUACAACUGGGGGCAAUAACAAACCCCCAACGGGAGUCCCCAAGGCGCCAGUCCCAACUAGCAGCAGUGCCAAUCCCCCAACCGGAGCACCCAAGAGGGCAAACGCUAGCGGGCAGAAGGUUACACCUACAAAGACCACGGGCGUGCAGAAAGCCGGGCCUGCAAAGACCACCAGCGCUGCCACCCAGCUUGUGGCUGCUUCCGAUUCCGACGUCAGGGGCCUUCGGGUGUUUGUGCCGGAUGGCAAGGGUGGUUUUUCGGGUGUCCAACCCGGGGAUGCUGUCUUCGACUGCACGGCAUCGAUCAUUGGCUUGGCCCUGGACCUUUUGGAGACGCGGUCCAGCAUUAUCGCCCUCAGGAUGAACAUGACCAGAGUGCUCGAUGCCAGCCAGCACAUCCCGAAAUUGAGAAACAUGCAGGAUGAUGAUAUCGAGCCGACAAUCCGGAGCUAUCUCGCAGCGAUCCGCGCCAGCUUCCCCCACGUCCUGGUGUCUGAUAUGUAUGGGAUGGCCGGCAAGAAUGGCCGUACCAACAAAAAGGAGUGGAAAGACGGGGCCAAACCCAAGACGGCGACAGUCAUCGAGCUUAGUGCAAUGCUCGUGGGCCGGCUCGCUGCAGCACGCAAGGCGCUACAGACAGCGCCCUCGGAGGCGCAGAUGCGGCACUUCCGCAACCUGCACCUGCGGCUCUCCCUGACCAUGGCGCACGAGCUCGUGCACGUCUUCAACCUGUACCUGCAGGGCAGCCAGCACAACCACACGCCGCCGCACGUGUCGUACGGGCCCUACGGCGACGACAAGGUGGGCGAGUCGGGCCGCUACUGGGAGUACUGGACGCUGGGCGGGUGGGUGGACAUGCGGGCCGACUCGAACGGCCUGGAGACGAUCGCGCUGCGCGACACCCACGGGCAGAAGGCGUGGCGCCUCACGGCGGGGGUCAUCGACGGCCUGCUGGGGCGCGACUUCCGUAAGUGGCUGCAGCCGAGCACGCCGCUCAACGACGAGGAGCACCCCAAGGGCAGGUUCGUGGACAAGAUGACGCCGCUCGACUGGAAGAACAGGUACACCGAUGUGUUCCCGAGACUGCCGCCGCCGGCUAAAGGCGCGGCCCCGCCCCAGCCGGAGCUGUCCCCGAAGCAGAUCGCCAUGCUGAUGGGGGCUGAGGUGAUGAAGUCGGCCAAGUUCAAUGUGUGUGGGCAGGACUUGGGGGCAUUUGGCCUGGAGCCGCGGACGAAGCUGCGUCUGGCGGCUUAG